CUUUUGCGGAGAGAGUUUGUCUGUGCAUUUGUUUUCUACCGUAAAGACGUUUCACUUUCCUCUCUGAGUCUUUGUGUCAGGAUGACGUCCGCUGGAGUUUCUAUUUUCCUGCUGUUUCUUCUUGUCAUUAACUCAGAAUCGGUGAGUGAACUCAGUCAUGCUGAUAAUGACAGUAAACCUACAGACGAGCAAAUUCAGCAGAUCGAGAGUAUGCUACAGAAACCACAGUUAACAACCCAACGCCCCACACCUUUAGCAACCAGUCCUGCCCCUACAGCACCUAAGGUAGCAAUGACAGAUGAGUUCCUGGGUCCACCUGAGUGUCUGGAUAAGAAGUUAACUCGGGCAUCUUGUAACCUGGUGUUCUGUCGUCCAUGGGAGCGUUGCAUUGAUGGACAUUGCUCCUGUAAACCGCCCUACAUGUGUCCGGUUGAUGAUAGGAAGCCAGUUUGUGGGAAGGACAACAGAAGCUACCGAUCGUAUUGUCAGGCUAUGGCGCUCACGUGUCGGACCAAGAAACCUGCCAUGUCCCACUUUGGGAAACAUUGCGGAGCGAGCUAUCAAAAGUUUGAAAGUUCGAUUCACCCAGAAACAGGAGUGAUAGAAGUUUCCAUUCCUAACACAAAAGAAGAAGGAAGUGAUGGAGAGAAGUCACUGGUUUGUAAGAAGAUUUGGAACAUGGCUGCUGCUAACGUAGCCUGCAGGGAGCAUGGCUUUCCACUCGGGGCAGUGACUGCUGGUGAUGUGUCAUACGAGUCCUUGAUAACUCCCGGGGAGGAAAAGCAGUUCCCAGGGAAAUGUGCUAGCAUCCGCUGCCAAGGUUAUGAGAGCUCCUUAGCCGAGUGUUUAAUCUACAACACGGUGAAUAUUGGCAAAAGGAAUGUUUCCACGACAACCUGUUAUGGGGCUUCACAGGCAGCGAAUGAGGCGGAGUGUGACUUCAGAUGUGCAAACACAAAGUGUGUGUCUCUGAACCAGACAUGUGAUGGCGUGGACGACUGUGGCGACCGCAGUGACGAGAUGUGCUGCAAAAAAUGCAGGAACAGAAGCUUCCGCUGUAAGACGGGCGUGUGUGUGCAUAAAGAGGCCCUCCGUGACGAACAGAUCGACUGCCUGGAUGGCGAGGAUGAAUUGCUCAAGCACACUAUUGAAAGCAAUCCGAAGGUUGAUAAACGACUCAACAACACAGAGUAUCAUUCUCCAAAGGAAGAAAUAAAGGUCAGCAGGAAGCAUAUGGAGUCCAGGUUAUACUGUGGGAUCCCCAAUGCGACCACGGUGGACGAUCUGGAGGCAGAGGAGCGAGGACGGAGCAGCCGAGUCAAGAGAGUGGUGGGAGGAGUCCCAGCAAACCCGACUCAGAUCCAGUGGCAGGUCGCUCUGGAGGAAAGAGGGAAGAUUGAUUGUGGGGGCGCUUAUAUCGGAGGAUGCUGGGUAAUCACCGCUGCUCACUGCGUCAGGCCCAACCCGUCUGCAUUCAAAGUGAAGUUUUCUCUCUGGAAGAAGUCUCGCGCUCAGGACACGACCGACAUCGUUCCCGUCGAGGAGAUUCACAUCCACCCAAUGUACAACGCCAGCACGUACCAGAACGACAUCGCUCUGGUGCAGCUGGAGAAGCUUCCCUUCAAAGAGGAGUGUCUGGUGGAUAACCCGGCCGUCAGCGCCGUCUGCGUUCCUUGGACAACACACCUGUUCCAGCCCAACCACACCUGCAGCAUCUCCGGGUGGGGGCGGACUGCAGACGGCCGAGCAGCUCAGGUUUUACUGUGGGCCAACGUGUCCCUCAUCGAUGACUGUCAGGGAUUUUACAAAGAUCGCUUCAAACCGGGCAUGAUGUGUGCAGGUGAUCUGGACGGCAGUGUGGACUCGUGUCAGGGGGACAGCGGGGGUCCUCUGGUCUGUGAGGAUGAACUCGGGGUGUCUUACCUCUGGGGCAUCGUGAGCUGGGGGGAGAGGUGUGGGCAGCCCGGUUUCCCCGGUGUUUAUACACAGGUGGCUCAUUACUUUGAGUGGAUCAGACUUCACACCGGCUGGCCUGCAGUCACCAGGUUUAACUCCUGAUGAACACACUGAUCACAUCACAAAUUAAUCAAAUUACACCUAGAAAACAUGUUUUCAGAAUAUUAAAUCUAGUAAAUCUGUCUAAUCCAUUCCUGCAGCUGAUGGUACUUUUUUUUUAACCUGUUAUCACUUAAUAAAGGUGAACACGCCCACAAUGUGUCUGGAUG